AUGCAGACACGUUUUGUGCGCCAGGCCGUGGACGAUGUCGCUGCACUUGGCGUUGAAAUCAUCCAGUUUGCAAGCGACAACAGCAGCCACUUUAGAGUGCUCCAUCAGAUGCUACUGGAGGGCGACUAUGUCUUUUAUGGCUUGGCCAUGGUCUACGAGUGGGUGUACGACCACCGCGAAGUUGUCUCGUUCCAAGGCGACGGUGCAACCAUGGUGCUCAUGUCCGAGCCGAUGACGAGUCUUGCGAUGGCCCCGAGCUCCCUCGAAGUCCCCGCCAGCACGUGCGCGUAUCUUUGGUACGUUGCAGUUGCCGCCACACGCGUCUUGGUGGUUGUUGCAAUUGGUACCGUCGCCUACACGCUUCUCGGCGGCUCUCAACUCGACCACUUUGAGCUCCUGUAA